AUGUUGGUGCUGAUCAAAAAUGCCGUUGUGCAUCUCUUUAAAACAUCCGAUAAAUCGGAUGAAGAUUUGGCCCGCGCCGAGAGUCUCCUCGAAUCUGGCCAAGCCCAAUAUGGUGCAUCGCCCCAAGAUAGCCGUUCCCAUGCCGUUGCCGUCGAAGAAGCCGUGAUUGCUGCCAAAAACAACAGUGGCUCUGAUACCGAAGAUGACGAACAACAGAGAUUGUUCGGCAACUUUGACCCUAGAGUAAUGAGUGACAUCAUUAUCGGACUCUCGGACGGAUUGACCGUGCCUUUUGCAUUGACCGCCGGUCUUUCAUCGCUUGGCUCCUCCAAGCUUGUGAUCACAGGUGGUAUGGCCGAAUUGGUCUCCGGUGCCAUUUCUAUGGGAUUGGGAGGUUAUUUGGCCGCCAAGAGUGAGAUCGAUUACUAUCAGAGUGAAGUGAAGAAGGAGAAGUUGCAAUUUUUCCGCAACCCAGAACUCAUCAACCAGGACGCCGCCGAGAUCAUGUUUGACUUGGGAGCCAGCGAACUGACCAUUGCAUCGUUUUUGAAGGACUUGGACCUGUCGCCCAAGAACCUCAUUGACUUCGUCAUCCGCUUUGGCAAGGGCUUGGAGGAGCCUCCUGCUGGCCGUGAGAUCACCUCUGCAUUGACCAUUGGAAGCGGAUACUUUGUGGGAGGAUUCGUUCCAUUGCUUCCGUACUUUUUCUGUGACACUGUCAAGACAGGUCUUGUUAUUUCUGUAGCUGUGAUGAUCAUCACGCUUUUCAUUUUUGGUUUCGUGAAGACUUCUGUUUCUUUGGGUGACGACUGUGGAACACAGAGAAAGGUGUUGGAGGGUCUUCAGAUGGUGGUCAUUGGAUCUGUGGCCGCCGGUUCCGCAUGGACACUUGUGUACCUAAUCGAGUAG